AUGUUAAUUUAACAUGUUAAAAUUUAAAAAUAAAUUUUAAUUAUGACAUGCAUCUUAACAUUUAUAUAAAUAUAUAUCAUAACCUAAAUAUAAAUAAAUUAACAACUUAAAUUAGAAAAAAAUAAAAAUCCCGGGCGUAGCCCGGGUUAAUCCCUAGUCUAUAUAUAUAAAACAGGGUUUUCUCUCACCUCCCGCAGCCACGUCAGCAAAAAAGGAGGGGCUUUUUUCGACACCUGGCGCACCAUCAAAGUCUCUGGGAUUUUCUCCCCUUCGCGCUACUCACGCUUCUCUUUAUUUAUGAAUGUGAUCUGGGCUUUUAUUAUGUAGCUAGAGUAGGCCCAUACAUUGAACCCUGUAAGAAACCCAUUAGGUUUCAUCUCCUGUCUUCCCCUUCCACUGCGAUCUCGACGAUGAGAUUUCACCAAAACUUUGAGUGCCGUCUAGCUCUUCGUAACGUAUCACCCCUCAAUAAAUCUGUUCAUUACUCUGAGUUUUCUUUGAUUAUUCCACUCCGUCCACUUGAAGCAUUGAUUCCACCGCUGAAGUUUUGGGAGGCCAAAAAUAUCAAAAAAAAAAAUGAGGAACUGAUGACAUGUUGCUCAUCGUUGAGAAUUCUACUAUGGUGCAAGGGUCUGUUCCUGCGCUUCGACAACUCAAGUUCAGAAAACGUCUCACCGAAGGCUCUAUCUACACUCUGAGCGGCUUCGAUGUGACGCGCAGCAACCCUAAAUUUCGGUUAUCUGGUGCGCCGUUCUCCUUACGUUUCAAUGAUGGCACUGAUUUUGAGAAGCUGAAAACCACUGUUAGGACCAUACCUACGGAACAGUUCCGUUUCCGACCAUACGACCAGCUACUUGAGCUAGCAAACACCGGCAAACAACUCCCUGACGUGUCUCAUGAAACCAAUGCUGUGCCUGAACUCAGAUGACAUUGGGACAGGGGCUUUCCUUGGCUUUAAUGCAGAAGUCACUAAACUGACUCAUGUUCUAGCUUCUGAAUCUGCACAGAUUGUGAUAUAACCUAUAAUCAGCCUCUAAAUAUCAGCCUUUCCUGUAACUGGUCCAAUUAGAAUGAGCACUUAUAACCUAUAAUGUAUUUUCAAUGCUUGCAGGGUAUAGGUGCUACUUCAUCUACCUCGCUCACUUGCUGACAUUGCGGGAAAUACCUAUACUUUCCAGCUCAAGUUGAAGGACUUCAAUAUUACUCCGAAACACCAGACCUUCACCAUUUCCCGCAUAUUCCAUGCACGUGAUCUCGCAGCCAUUCUAACCUUCGCUGAAGGUGGAGAGGUUAACGAGCCAGCGCUUCUUCAGAACGUGUCACCAGGAUCAGAAGACAUAGCUGCAAUCACGUCCAAUGUUGCAGAGCAUUCCACCGCAGCUGAUGGUGCAAUUCCCGGACGUGAGGCAGUAGCUAAGGAACAAGUUGAUCUGGAAGAGAAUGCCAGUAAGAAAGCACGUGUGGAAUGAACCUAGAACCCAAACAACCACGAAUAGUCCUAAUCAGUUACUGUUUUAGCAUUUCUCAGUUUCACUUAUUUCGAUUUUCUUUUUCUUUUUUUUUUAAUUAAACAAAAACUCUGAGUCAUGGUUGUUGUUCUUUCUUUUAUCAAUGCAAAACUUUAUAUUUAAAAGGGCCGCAUGUGUUAGGUUUAUAUAUUUCGUAUUCAUGCAGUUUUCAUUGUUACGUUCGAACAUGACAGCGCCUGCGAGUGUUAUAAAACAUAGUAUGUGUUAAAAAACAAUAUUAACAUUAUGGAUGAUUCUAUUACCAUAUUUUUUUUUCACUUUUAACACAUUUAUUUAUGAAACCUUAAAUUGCAUGAAACAAUAAAAACUAUUUUUGUUAGUGGUUCUAAUAGAAGUGACAAAAAUUGCAACAACUUGCAAAAGUUGAUGGACACUUUAAGAAAAAAAA